AUGCUGAAACCUGAUGACGGUGCUGCUGCUGCUGCUGCUGCUGCUGCUGCUGCUGCUGCUGCUGCUGCUGCUGUUGCUGCUUCUCAUGAUGAUGAUGAGCUGAAGGAGAUGUUGACGGGCAUGGAGGGGCUGCCCAUGGAUCAGAUCCUUGGAGAAGGUGUGAGCAUGAACGAGGAGGAGUUUGCAGAGAUCUGCAAGGCAAUGGAGGACGAGCAGGCAGACAUCUACCGAGCGUGCUAUUCUCAUUUCCUAGAGUACUUUAAGAAGGUGGACGAGGAGGGGAAGGGGAUGUUGAUUGGAGACACGUUCAAGACGGUCCUCACUGACAUGGAGGGAGAAUACGCCAUGUCUUUCAUGACCGAGAGGGCGCAGGAGCUGAUCGCGUCAGCUGCAGGAGUGGCGGACGGGGGGAAGGGACUGGAGCCGCCGGCAGGAGAGGGCGACAUGGUCUUCUAUGAAGACUUCUUGAGAAGAGAGCUCAAGUCUCCUCGCGACAUGAAGCUCUGA